UAGGCAGUGACCACAACAAUCAAACACAGUGACAUGAAUCAGUUAUAUUUAGGGCAAUUUGAAAAUAACUGCGCAUAUUUAGGAAGCAUACAAGCACUUCUGCGAGUUAUCUUGAGAUAGAAGCCGGGCAUAUUUCCGACGUCCAAUUUCCUCCUGUCCCACCCCCGCUAAGUCCAUAUUUGGCAGAGUGCCCGUAAAGUAUUUAUCGAGUGCGGUCAAUGUUUAUUUGAACAGUAUACUGGCUCUAAUUGCCCAUAGGAGCUUGAACAGUGUAGUCGUAUAACUAGGGAAUAAGCUACCUGGUGUAUUUUUCUUGAUUUGAACACGAAGAAAAGGAAGGAAUUAGCGGUAAUCCUGUGGGAUCUCUUGGCAAAACUAACUACUUGUACAUUCAAGCGCCAAGAUCGGAGGCCAUGAAGAUUUCUACGUUUUGCCUUUUGCUCGUGUUGGUUCUAGCCGUCUGCGAAGGUCGGCGACCAUCAAAAGCUGAUGUGAAACCCAAGCUUGGCAAGGCGGAAUUAAAACCAAUGUCAGUCUCUCGCAAUGUAACCGCCAGUACAAGAACUAAAAAUCCAAAAACAUCGGAAGACAACUUGGUAGUAGCGCUCAACACUACGACACCGACGAAAUCGACCAGAAUGAACCGUCGCAUUCGCCAUCUGGUACGGAGGUGCUGUAAACUUGGCGCGAAAGGCGGGGAAAUGGGCUUUGAUUGUAAUUGGGACCGCUUCACUGCUUUACAGUAUACUAACAUAGUUCACCGGAUGAAAAUGAAGUUCCAAGGCCGAAAGCCUUCCAGAAGAAUCAAAAGAUAUGUUUCCCAUGUGGUGCAUAGUUGCAUUAAGCCUAAAAGCCAUGGUCGGAGCCUGAAAAAAGUCUACCAAAAAUGCUGCGAAUACUCGACAAAAUAGACACAAAUAGCAUUAAGAACGGGGUUUACCAAAAAGAAAAAAAUAGCCUCGAUUCUGCUUGCAAAUAUCUUAACCUAAAGUGAAUAGACUUUGAACUUUGGUUUAGGGGCUGAAUAUACAAGAUAGAAGUCGAUCAUGUUUGGCGAAUCCGCAGACGUGGUAUAUCAGCAGGCGGCUAUCAUUAUUAUACAAAACUAUAAACUGUACAUAAUUCUGAAAAUGCGAGAGAGAGAGCUAUCAUUAAAAAGUGUUCAGGUAUUUGAAUAGCUUGUUAAAAUUCAUACUUGUUGUAUAAUCUUCUUAUAAACAAUUGAUUACGAGAUUGAUGUUUGAAAGAUUGCUUUCGAUGCCUAUACAAGUAUCAAACACAGGAAGUAGCGAAGUCAAAGUGUACAUAUUUUUGUAAUGACCGGAAAACAUAUUGUGAUAGCGGAACGGGUGACUUUGUAUAAAAUUCCACCAAUUUUACUCAUUCAAAUUGUCAGCAAUUGUUUUAUAAAGCUAUUAAGUAAUUAGCAUCGAGAAUCUGUAUUGUAAAAAGAAUUCGUAUCAAAAUUAAACAAUAAAACCAAGUUAUUCACUUC